CGACAGCGUUGGGUGCGCACUAAUUGGAAUUCCCUCUGGCGGGUCGUCUGAAACAAAAUGUUGCGAGAAGCGGUGUCGAAUGUGGAGGACUAUGAAUUCGAGAUCGAGGACCAGCUGGAGAAGCAGACGGGGACCAUACCACUCCCUUUUCCAAAGAUGGACAGUGAGACACACACGUACACACGCACACACACACACUGACACACCAUUCCACCGCAGAGAACAAGGCGGCUCUGUGCGAGUUCUACCUCAACGGAGUGUGCUCGCGAGGGAGCCACUGUCCGUUCCGCCACAUGCGUGGAGAGAGGACGGUGGUCUGCAAACACUGGAUGCGCCACCUCUGCAAAAAGGGAGACGACUGUGAAUUCCUCCACGAGUACGAAAUGUCCAAGAUGCCCGUCUGCUACUUUUUUCAGCGAUUUGGCGAGUGCACCAACAAGGACUGCCAGUACCUUCACGUCGACGCAGAGACCCUCAAGAUAAGGGACUGUGCCUGGUACGACAGAGGCUUCUGCAAACAUGGUAGGAUACCCUCCCCCCUCUCUCUCUCUCUCCUUUGUUUCUCUCUCCUCACUGAGAUCUGUAUCGUUCAGGUCCAAGUUGUAGGAACAGACACACUAGACGUGUGUUGUGCCAGAAUUACCUCUGUGGGUUCUGCCCCGACGGACCGAAAUGCAAGUACAAUCAGUGAGUCACCUAGUGCUCCAUGCCGUGUGGGUGUGGGUGUGUCCCUCUCGUGUUGCAUGCUAGUUACCCAUGACAGUGGGAGAGAGAAGGGGGCUCACUCCUUAUAGGCUAGGGACCGAAUCCUCUAGGGUGUGUGAAUGUCACUUGGAGGAGGGGAGGGUGGAGAUAUACCUUUUCCCUUCAGUGCAAAGUUUGACAUUCCUGUCACUAAUACCACUGGCACCACCUCAAACAUUCAGUUGGGUGACUCAAACCAGGCGAGACUUGCAAAACCGUACGUUUCAAUGACAGUAAAGCGACCACUGGAGACUGUCACUUGUUUCAAGUGUGGAGAGAAAGGCCAUUAUGCCAACACGUGUCCAAAGUCAUUCAGAGCCCAGCAGAUGGGACUGGUCGGGACACAGCAGCAGAUUGCUGCCAACGUUGGCGUCAAAUGAACCUCUCUCCAUAUUAUACCAACACAAACGCACACAUUUGCAGUGUCGAAUGAAUCGUCACUCGUUAAUGCAUAUAUUGAUCACGUUAAACUUCACUCUAGAAUAGUGCACAAAAGACCACAGAGUA